AUGUUGAAUCUUAAUCAAUACAGAUUAACUUAUAUAGUUCCAGAAUUAACAUAAGGAUUACAUUUGACUAAGUUGACAGAUUUGCAAAGUGAUUAAAGUUGGAAUAUUAGAUUUGGGUUGGAAAUUACAUCAAUAAAUUAAGCAGCAAUAGGAGGAGCAUUAUUCACCAUUUAAGGAUAUGGAUUUAAUUAACUCUAUCUUAAAAAUAUAAGAGUUGGAGAUGAUGAAUGUUAAAAAAUAGAUGUAAUUAGUACUGUGAAAAUUUAAUGUAAAAUGAAAACUAAAUUACCUCCUGGUGAAAAUACACUUAUUUUAAAUUAAUUAGAUUAACAAGAUUAAACUACUUUGUUAUCCAAAACAUAUACUUUUAAUGUAAAGGAUGAAAGUACCUCCCCUAAAGUAAUAUCAAUCUUAAUUGAUGGAAUAGAUAAAUUAGAUACAACUUAAAAUGCAAAUGUUUGUAUUGCUGGUACAAUUAAUAUGAGUGUUUAAGGAUAAAAUUUAAAAGGAUAAGAAGUGGCUGUCUUAUUGAUUAGUGAAUCAGAAAUCAUAAUUAGAUCUCCAUCUUAUGAAUAAAUAACUUCUAAUUUAAUCUAAUUAUAAUUUAAAGAUACUCCAGCAGGAAUUUACUAAAUAGAAAUUAAAAUUGAUGAAUUUUAUGUCUAUUUCGAAAAUCAAGUUUAUGCCAAUAUGAUUGUAAAUAUAUAGCAAACACCUAUAAUUGAUACUCCUUCAUUAUCUUAUUAAAGUGGAUAAAUUAUUACUUUUAUUGGUGAAGGAUUCUCCUCUAAUCAUUAAUCAAAUUAAAUCUAAUUUUGUAAAACAACUUGUUAAGUUAUGUCUUCUAGUUUUAAUAAUUUAAAAUUUAUGGUACCUAAAUUAUUAACAUCUCAAUUUAUAUCAUCUUUUCAAUAUUCUAAGAUUCCUCUUAAUGAAUUAAAUUUAUUAGGAGAUAAACUUGAUUUAAUAUAAAAUAUCUAUGAUGAUAUCAUUUUGACAGAAUAUACAUCUGAUUCAUAAGAAACUUGUUUUAUAUAAUUAAAUAUUAAGUAAUAAAUUGUUUUUUUGAAACUUGCUAAAUUACGAUUCUAUCUUAAAUAAGAAUUAAAUUAAAAUAAAUUUAAAAAAAUUAAAAUCUACUAUUAAAAAGAUGAUCAGAAUUGGCAAUAAUUUUAGGAAUUGAAAUAUAUUAGCUAAGGAUGGAAUACUAUAAUACCUGACAUAUAAAUAGAUUCAAUUAGAUCAAUUAAAUUUGAAGAUGAUUAAGGUUCUUUAGGUUCUCAAUGUUCUCUUUCUGAAAUUGAAUUGUAUGGUUGGAUAUAUUAUAAUGAAAAUCUUACAUCAAAUUGUUAAAUUGAUAUUAAUGUAAAUGGUAUAGAAUUAUUUAGUAAUUCUAAUACUGUAAGUUAUAAUUAUCAAAUUCAUCCUAUAGUUAAUACGGUAACACCUAACUAUGGACCAAUAAACUCUGAAACUUUAAUUACCAUAAAAGGUAAUGGUUUUAUAAUUGAUUAAACUACUGUAACAAUAGAUAAUAUUUAAUGUGUUAUAGUGACAGUUUCUAUUACAGAAAUUACUUGUUAAACAGGUAUUAAAACUUUAUUAACAGAUAAUAGUGGAUUUAUUGUAUAAGUCUUGAAUAAUCCAGCUAUAAUUAAAUAAUCAUUUAAGUAUGUUUAAAAAUGGUCAGAUGUUUCAUCUUGGAAUGAUCGACUUCCUAAAGAUUAUUAAUCAGUUUUGAUUGAAAAAUCCUAAACAAUAUUAUUGGAUGUCAAAUAAUAAAUUUUAGAUAGACUUAUUAUUGAAGGAACCUUAAUAUUUUCUGAUGAAUUUGACAUAAAUCUAAUUGUUAAUUCUAUUAUAAUUAGAGAAGGAUCUUUAAUUAUUGGAUCAAAGGAUUAACCAUAUUAACAUUAAGUUACAAUUACUUUUACUGGAUAACAAACUGAUUUUUAAUUUCCUUUAAUUGGUAAUAAGGUUAUAGGAUGUAUAAAAUGUAAAAUUUAAAUGUUUGGCUAGAAAAGAGAUCCAUAUUGGAGUUUCUUAGAUUCAAAAGCAAUAAAAGGAGAUACUAUUAUUAAAUUAAAUUAAAUUGUAGAUUGGAAAGUUGGAGAAUCAAUUGUAAUUGCAACCAGUAGUGUUAAUAUAGAAGAAAAUGAAAUAAGAAUUAUCAAAGCCAAAAGUCUUGACAAAAAAAGUAUUACUAUUGAUAAACCACUUUUAUAUACACAUUAAUCAGAAUUAGUAUAUAGAACUGAGGUGGGUUUAUUAUCAAGAAAUAUUUUGAUCAGGGCAGAAUCCAUAGUGAAUAAUGGAUACGGUGUACAUUUUCAUAUAAAUGGAAGGUAAAGUGAAGGAACAGUUGUAAAAAUUUAAAAUAUUGAAAUAGCAAAUGGUGGAUAAAGUGCUUUUGUUGGAAGAUAUCCUAUUCAUUUUUAUAAUAAUGAUGAAAUGGAUUUAUCAAUUAUAGAGAAUAAUUCUAUACACGACAGUUAUGCUCGAUGCAUUGUGUUAAAUAAUGUUAAACAUCUUAAUAUUAUAAAUAAUAUUUGUUUUAAUAUCAUUGGAAAUGCUAUUCAUUUAGUUAGUAGUUCAGAUGUGUAUAAUAGAAUAGAAUCUAAUGUAGUAUUAAGAAUCAAAUCAACUUAAUAUCUCGAUAAUUCAUGUUCUUUCUUUAAUUAUUAAUCAUAUACAACUAAACUUUAAGAUAUUGAUAGAUUAUCUUCGGCAUUUUAUAUUUCAAAUCCUCAUAAUAUACUAUUAAAUAACAGGGCAAUAGCUGGUGAUUAUAUUGGAUUCAACAUUUUUAUAAAUAGAAUUACCAAUCAUAAUUAUUAAAUUAUGGAACCCCUGGCAUGGGAUGUUCUUAAUAUUUAAAAUAAUUAUGUUCAUUCUAUUAUGGGUUAUGGAGUUUAAAUCUAAAUUUUAUUAGAGAAGGAAUAAAUAUUUACAGAUAAAGAAUAUUAUUUAUCACCUCUUCUAAAGGUAUUUACUGUUUGGUAAAAUAACUUAAAUGAUUUUAAUAUCGUUAUUAAAACACAAAAUUAAGUUUUUGAAUCAUAAAUCAAUUUCCUUAAUGCAGAAACUGUUGAUUUUAAUAUUAUUACUUCUUCACUAUUUACAUCAAUAAAAAAUUCUUUGAUUUUUAAGAUUAAAUAUGCCAAUAGUAAUUAGAAGUUUAUUGUAUAUAGAUUUAGAGAUAAAAAAUUUAAUUAAAUAUUAGAAACUCCUAAUCCAAAUAAUUGUUAAAUGGGAGAUUGGUAUAAUGAUUAAAACAAUAAAUAUUUAUAUAUUUGCAUUUCUAGAGAAAAACUAAUUAAUUCAUAACCCAUUAAAAUUAAAGGAGCUGUAUGUAUAAGUGAAGAUCAAUGUAAUUUAGAAAUAGAUAAUGAUUAAUGUGCUAAACUAUAUCUAGAAUAAAUAUUGGAGAAUGAAAAUUAAGAUACUGAAAAUGAAACUAAUAAUAAUGAAAAUGAAAAUAAUAAUAAUGAAAAUAAUGAAACUGAAAAUAAUAAUAAUAAUAAUGAAAAUGAAACUAAUAAUGAAAAUGAAAAUAAUAAUAAUACAAAUGAGAAUAGUAAUAGUAAUAAUAUUUAUAAUUGGUCUUCACCAUAUGCCUGGAAGACAAAUAAAAUUCCAUAAUUAGGGGAUAAAAUUGUUAUAAGAAAAGGCUAUUAGAUAACUCUUGAUGUAGAUCCUCCUUAAUUAAAUGAGAUAAUAAUUGAAGGUACAUUAAGGUUUGAUGAGAGAAGGCAAUCUUCAUUAUUAUAAAGCAAUUCAAUCAUUAUUAAAUAAGGUUAGAUAAUAGCAGGAAAUAAAGAGAAUCCAUUUCCACACAAGAUUACUAUUAAAACAUCAAAUUUUUAAAUAAGCAACAACUUAGAAUUGUAUUCAAAUGUGCCUUAAACUUAUUAAACUAGAUUAAUAUAAACAAUUAAAUCUGGAUCUAAUUAAAUUGAAGUAUAAGAAUGUUUAGAUUGGCAAAUUGGAGAUAAAAUAAUAUUAGGACCAUCAGGAACUAAAUGGAAUUAUAAUGAAGAAAAAACUAUUAUAAAUAAAUAGAAUUGUAUAAUUACAUUGGAUUCUCAAUUGAAAUAUGAUUAUUAUGGAGAUAGAUCAAUUACAAUAAUAAAAAAUAACAUAGGAUAACUUGAUAUGAGAACUUUAGUAGUUCAUAUAAGUAGAAAGAUAAGAAUUCAAAAUUCUGAUAUAAAUAAAUAGGGAGUUAUUUAAAUAAAUCAUGGUUUGAUAAAUGAUGAAAUUUACAUUGGUUAAAUAAUAUUAUAAGGUGUAGAAGUAAUAAGUUUUGGUUAAUUGGAAAAAGCAGGAUUAAUAUUUGAAAAUCUCUUUUCUUCUAAUAUAUAAAGUAUAAUAUUUGGAUGUAGUUUUAAAGAUGCAAAUGGAUAAUUUUUAAAAAUAUCUAAUUCUUAUCCUAUAUAAGUUGAAAAUAAUGUAUUUUAUUCAGGAAUAAAAACUUUGGUAGAAAUUGAAAAUUAAAUGAAUGUAAAAUUUAAAAAUAAUAUUUUAAUGAAUGUAAAAAGAUCAGAAACAAAAGAUUGGGCUGUUUUGGCUAUUUUUAUGUUUUCUUAAAAUAAUAUUUAAAUUUAGAGAAGUAAUGUAGAUAUAUCAAAUAAUAUUGGUUAAGGAUCUGAAGAUGCAGGAUUUUAUAUAGUUUCUUCAUAAUGUAAUUCAAUGAAUGAAGUAAAUAUAUAUAAUAAUGUAUGUUCAUCAGCAGAAAAUGCAUGCUUUUCAGUUAGACAAAGAUUUUAAAUUUGUGAUUUUGUUUCAGAUCUUUAUGCUUAUCAUAGUAAAAUUGGAAUAAUGUUUGCUUUAAAUUCAUAUUAAUUAUAAAUAAAGAGAUUUAUAACUGCAGAAAAUAAGAUAAAUCUAAUAUUAAAAGGAUCAUCAAGAGAAGAAAGAAAUAAUAUAAUGAAAAUGAGUGAUGGUUUUAUUACAGCAAUAGCCCGUCCUAAUUGUAUAAAUUGUUAUGAAGACAUAGAUAUUAAUUAUUGUUCUGGUACAUUAGGUAUGUAAUUGGCAACAAUUUCAUCUUAAUCUUUUCCUCCUAUAUAAUAAGAUUUAUUAUCUGAUAAAUUUGAUUAAAUAAUAUCAGAAUAAGUAAUUGAUUUAAGAGUUUUUAUAAACAAUUUAGAGUUCAAUUAAUUUAAAGUGAACAAUAAUGAGAUUCCAAAUUGUGUAGAGAAUGCAGUUUUUAGAUAACAUUAAAAAGCAAUUGAUAUGACAGGAAGACAUUAUUUAAAAUAUACAAGUUGUACUGAAUGUGAAUUUGAAUCAUUAUUAUAUAGAUUAAGAGAUUCAGAUUUUAAUAAAGUUGGAUUUUUAGGUGGUUGUGGUUCAAUGGAAUGUACAGGAUAAAAAAAUGUAUUAAUAGAAGAUUAAACAGGAGAUUUCUUUGGAGAAAUUGGAUAAGGAAUAAGUAAUAAUACAAUAUUUGGAAUGAGUGUAAAAUAUUGUAAGAGAAUUGAAUAAUGGAAUGGUUAUUGGUGUCCUGGUAGAAAUAUUUAAGUUUUAAAUUUUAUGAGUAAUGCUCCUGAUUAAGAUUCUCGUUUAUUUUCUCCUAUUUAUAUAUCAGAUGGAACUUUUAAAAAUAUUAUAAAUAGUUGUUAUGAAUGGAAUUGGGAAUAAUAGAAACCAAUGAUAACAAGAAAAUCAAAAUUUUUAAGUUUAAUUAAAGUAAAUUCGAUAAUAAAAUUGAAUACAACUGGAUAGUUUCCUACUUCUUCUACAUAUUGGUUAUCUAAAAAUUAAGAUUCUGAUAAUUCUGAUUAUGCAAUCAUUUCAAUUAAAUUUGAUUAUUAUUUAAUUCCUAAUGUAUAUGUUAAUGGUAAAAGGAUAUAGUAAAAUAAUAUAUCCCCAAAAAUAUGUGGAUCAAAUUCUCUUUAAUUAAAUAAAAGGGAGUUAAAUUUUACAGUGACUUCAGAAAGAGAUUGUUUUGUUGAUGUAAAAUUCAAGAGUUAUGUAUUAACAAAAUCAAAUGUUCUUGCAUAAGUAUAUGCAGCUUCUUGCACUGUAUUUAUGGCUUAUUCUAUUAGUAAAUUGAAUGCAGAUCCUAAUUUAUAGUAUUGUUCUAUACAUAAUAAAUAAAUUCGAAGACUAGAAGAAUCUGAACUUGUUGAAAUCACAAUUGAAUGGGCUAUUAUAGAUUAUGCAGAUCCAGGAACUUUAGAAUCAAUAGGAUCAUUGUAAAGAUUAUCAUAAUAUAUCGAAAAAAUAUCUUAAUUAACUGCAAAUCCUGAAUAUGGCAUUUAUGAAAUUAUAUCAUAAACUUACGAAACCUAUAUCAUAACAGAUUUAAACUUUCCUACUUCUGAACCAGUUGAAGGUAUAUAUAGUAUUAUUAAUAUUUUAGUUAUUGAUUCAUCAGUCUCAAAUCCCAUUAUCUAUAUUAAUAAUACUAAUCCUGAUUCUACAAUUCAAGAUCUUGAUAGUAUUUCUUUAACUGAAAAUGAAAGUGUAAAUUAGGAUUAAUAUGCUGAUCAUCAUCAAGUCAUUAUUUCAAAGGAUUAAGAUAUUCUUCAUAAUAAUGAGCAAAAUCAAGAUCUAUCUCUUAUCAUUAUAUUGUCUAUUAUUAUUCCAUUUAUUCUUGUUAUCAUUAUAACAUAUAUCUGCAUAAGGAAACUAAAAUAACGCAGAAAUUCAGUAGUGAUUCCUAUUAAUCAAAUAUAAUAAUAAGAGGAUACUACAAAUAAUAAAUUACCAGAUACUACUUUCAUGUAUAGAUCUGCUGUAAGAACACCUAAAACUUAAUAUAUUGAAAAAAUUGAAUUUGUUACCAAAGUUUGA